CCGGAGUUUGGAGCGCUUAGCAGAGCAAGCUGAGGGAGCUGCUUAUCUUUGGAAGAGAGGAAGGGCACCAUCCAGCCAUCACCAUGGCAACACGACCGGGCCCUUUGACUGAAUGGCCAUGGCAAUGGAUGGGCAGCUUCAAGUACCUGGUCCUGGCGCCUGCUGCGCUACACACUGCGCACAGGGUGCUCACAAAGGGGUGGGGAGACAUUGACCCAGCAUAUGCCACCAUGUUACCAGCUCUGCUACUGAGGAUGAUCCACAACCAGAUCUGGAUCAGCUUAUCUCGCCACCAGACCGCACGGAGGAAGCACAUAAUUGUUGACCGCAGUCUUGACUUCGAACAGGUGGACCGGGAGAGUUCCUGGGAUGACCAGAUCAUCUUCAAUGGGUUGUUCUUCUACAUGGCCUACAUAGCCGUCCCGAAUGUAAGUCGCAUGCCACUAUGGAGAACCGAGGGAGCCAUCAUGACCGCAUUGCUUCAUAUUGGACCUGUGGAGUUCCUGUACUACUGGUUCCACAGGGCACUCCACCACCAUUUCCUCUACUCACGCUACCACUCGCACCACCAUGCCUCAAUUGUCACGGAGCCCAUAACCUCUGUCAUCCAUCCAUUUGCUGAACAUGUGGUUUAUUUCCUGUUAUUUUUGAUCCCCACGAUGACACCAAUUUUUACGGGCUGUGGUUCUGUCCUGGCCGUUGUCUUGUACAUCACAUACAUUGACUUCAUGAACAAUAUGGGGCACUGCAAUUUUGAGCUGGUACCAAAGUGGAUCUUCCAAGUCUUCCCUCCUCUCAAGUAUCUCAUGUACACUCCCUCGUUUCAUUCUCUCCAUCAUACGCAGUUCCGUACAAACUACUCAUUGUUUAUGCCGUUCUAUGACUACAUAUACAAGACCAUGGAUAAUUCAACUGACGAGCUGUACGAGAGAACACUGAAAGGAACAGAAGAAACACCAGAUCUUGUUCACUUGACGCAUAUGACCACCUUGAAAUCGAGUUAUCAUCUAAGGGUUGGGAUUGCCUCUAUAGCCUCUAAACCCUCAGAUAACCCUGUAUGGUACAUGUGGAUAAUAUGGCCAAUGGCAUGGUUGUCAAUGGUAUUUGCGUGGGUUUAUGGAUCUUCCGCGUUUGUCGUUGAAAGUAUCAAACUGAAGAAGUUCAAGAUGCAAACAUGGUCAAUACCAAGAUACACCUUCCAUUAUGGCUUGAUUUGGGAGAGAGAAUCCAUCAACAGCUUAAUUGAGAAGGCAAUACUAGAUGCUGAUGCAAGAGGGGUCAGAGUGCUCAGUCUAGGACUACUAAAUCAGGCAAAACAACUCAAUAGAAGUGGUGAAUUAUUUACACAAAAAUAUCCAAAAUUAAGAGUUCGACUUGUUGAUGGAAGUGGCUUAGCAACUGCAGUCGUUCUCAAGAGCAUCCCUUUAGAUACAAAGCAAGUUUUUCUUUGUGGAAGCAGUUCAAAGGUAGCCUACGCCACAGCUAUAGCUUUAUGUGAGAGAGGUGUCCAGGUAAUCAUGAACGAAAAGAAGGAAUAUGACACGCUCAAGUCGCGAGUUCCAGAGAGCAGCACUGUCUAUCUGAAAUUCACCAGUGAUGAAAUACCCCAGGUCUGGAUAGGAGAUAUCAUAGAUGAUAAACAACAACGGAGGGCACCAAAUGGAACAAUAUUUAUUCCUACAUCACAGUUUCCCCUUAAGAAGACACGCAAGGAUUGCACUUACUUGAGUAGCCCAGCAAUGAAGAUCCCGGAGACAAUGCAGAACGUCCACACCUGUGAGAAUUGGCUUCCAAGAAGGGUGAUGAGCGCAUGGCGCAUUGCUGGCAUAAUACAUGGUCUGGAAGACUGGAACAUGCAUGAGUGCGGAGAUGAUAUGAUGGAUAUCGAGAAGGUUUGGUUGGCAGCUAUCAAGAACGGGUUCAUUCCUCUGUCAAAAGCUUGAUUCUUCUGAAUCCUGGCAAAUAUGCUACUCGACAAUGAUGUGUUAAAGAAUAAGGAGUGCCGGAUAUUCUUACUGA